GUGCGUGGCCGCCGGGGCCAUGGCGGCUCUCGGCGUCGUCUGCCUGCUGCUCGGGCUGGCGUCCUGGCGGCCGGCCGCGGCCUCGGGUGAGGAGUUCUGGCCCGGACAGUCGGCGGCCGACAUCCUGUCCGCGCGCUGCUCCCCGCCUGUCAGCUACCUGCUGUACGACGUCAACCCCCCCGAAGGCUUCAACCUCCGCAGGGAUGUCUACAUCCGCGUGGCCUCACUGCUGAAGACGCUGCUGAAGACGGAGGAGUGGGUGCUCGUGCUGCCCCCGUGGGGGCGCCUCUACCACUGGCAGAGCCCCGACAUCCACCAGGUCCGCAUCCCCUGGGCGGAGUUCUUUGACCUCCCGAGUCUGAACAAGAACAUCCCUGUCAUCGAGUACGAGCAGUUCAUCGCAGAGUCUGGUGGGCCCUUUAUUGACCAGGUGUACGUCCUGCAAGGGUACGCGGAAGGCUGGAAGGAGGGCACUUGGGAGGAGAAGGUGGAUGGACGACCCUGCAUCGAUCCGCUGCUGUACUCGCAGGACAAGCACGAGUACUACAGGUACAGGAGACCCAUCUGA